AUGGCGAGGAGCAGCGGCGGCGGGCUGAAGAAGGGGCCGUGGACGAAGGCGGAGGACAAGCUGCUGAGGGACCACGUGGAGCGGAACGGCGAGGGCAACUGGAACGCCGUGCGCCGGGAGACGGAGCUGCAGCGCUGCGGCAAGAGCUGCCGCCUCCGGUGGACCAACCACCUCCGCCCCAGCCUCCGCAAGGGCCCCUUCUCCACCGAGGAGGAGCGCACGAUCCUCGUCCUCCACGGCCUCAUCGGCAAGAAGUGGGCGACCAUCGCCUCGCAUCUCCCUGGGAGGACGGACAACGAGAUCAAGAACUACUGGAACACGCGCGUGAAGCGCCGGCAGCGCGCGCGCUUGCCGCUCUACCAGCCGGACGUCGAGCAGGAGAUCGCGCGGCUACGCGAGGAGAACGUCAACCCGCUCGCCGACGAUGAUGGCCGCGCCAACACCAAUGCCGGCCUCCCGCCGCCGCCGGACCUCCCGCGCCUCUACGACUCCGGCUACCAGUUAGUGCUGCCGCCCACGACGUCGCACUCGUCGCUGAUCAACCAGGACUGCCCGCUCCAGGACCAGAUGCAGGUGUUCCACGUCCACCACAUCGGCAGCCAGCAGCCGGCGUUCCACCAGGACGUCAGUGCGGCGGCGUUCAGCAACACCGUCUCCUCCGGCCUGCCGCCGCUGCCGACCGUCAGAACGCAGGCGGAUCUCCCUCCGACGAACCAAUUCAAGACCUGCAGCGGCGGCACUAGUGGGCUGCUGGAGCCGAUGCUGAUGAUCGGCGACGAACAACUGCUGAUGCGGCCCGACCCGAGCAUGGUCAAGGUCCCUUCCAUGCCCGCGCUCUCCUAUCGCCAGCUGGCCGUGUCCGGUCUGCUGCCCGCUUACGGCGCCGGGAGCGACGGCGACUUCACCCCGCACUGCCCUCUGGGAGAGGACAUCCACCAUGGCGCGACAUGGGACUUCACCUUCGGAAACCAAACCGAUGCGUUUACAGAAGAGUUCGUGAAGCCGGCGAAGAGGAGGAGGACGAGCGAGGUGGGGAUCGUCAACAUGUUCCCUGUUGCCCCACCGGAGGAUAGGCUCGGCACCUACUACGGUGUGUCGGCGGCACCAUCGUCGUCGCCCGUCACCGACGACAGGUUCACCGUCGCCUCGCCGUGGAGUUGGUUCGGCACCUGUGGUGGGUCGACGACACCGUCGACGGGGCCGUCGUCGGUCGUCGCCGACGACGAGUUCACCGUCGCCCCGCCAGGGGAUUGCUUCGGCACAUGCGGUGGGUCAACGGUACCGUUGACGGGGCCAUCGUCGGCCGUCGUCGACGACGAGUUCGACUACCUGGAUAUCGAGCAGUUCAUGUGGGCUGUACCACCGUCCAUUGAUGACGAGCACGACUCGGAUGCAUAA